CUUGUGUCAUCGCUUGCUCGCUGGAGUUGCCAGACUGCAGCACUAAACAGCUGUUCGAAUUUCGGCGGCAUUUUAUUUCAUUAACAAUUGCGAUUUUUGUAAACAAAAACAUGGUAAAAACUAAGGGAAAUCAAAAGAUAGUCGGCAUGCAUCCACGUAAUGUGUUACGCACGCAGCCCGACUACACCAAAAUGGCUAUAAAAUAUAAAGAUUUUCGAGAGCAGUGCCAGUUGGAGCUCAAUGGCAAGGUUUCUGUUAACUUUCGCAAUGAAAAGACCCUGCGUGAGUUGACCAAAAUGCUAUUGAAGGAAUAUUACGAUUUAGAUGUGGAUUUUGCACCCGGAAGUUUGGUGCCCACAUUAGCACUCCGUUUGAAUUACAUUUUGUGGUUGGAGGAUCUAAUGGAACCUCUGAAUUUGCAGGACAUACGUGGUAUAGAUAUAGGUUGUGGCUCCUCCUGCAUUUAUUCACUGCUUGGAGCCAAGAAAAAUGGUUGGCACAUGCUGGCUCUGGAAUCGAAACCGCAAAACAUAGAAUACGCCAUGAAGAAUGUAAAGAAAAACCACCUGGAAAGCCUUAUAGAAGUCUAUGCUCAACCAGACAACACGAACAUCUUUAAGAGCUAUUUUGAGCAGGAUCAGCAACAGUUGCGGUAUCAAUUUUGCCUGUGCAAUCCGCCCUUCUUCGACUCGAACUUACCAAAUCCCUUAGGCGGAAAUACCAGGAAUCCAGAGAGACGACCAGCACCCAAUAACGCCAGAACUGGAAGCCAGGAGGAACUCACCUGCGUGGGCGGCGAGGUACAGUUUGUGCAACGCAUCAUAGACGAGAGUCUGGAGAACAAGGAGCGCGUGCGAAUCUACACCACGAUGCUGGGCGUCAAGGCCAACGUUCCAAGAAUACUGGAUUACCUGAAGGAGCUGCAGGUGGCGAAUGUCAGCACCACUGAAUUCCAUCAGGGACACACGACUCGGUGGGCGGUGGCCUGGAGCUUCCACUCGGAGCCGCUACAGCAGGGGACAACAUUAAAUUAAGUUGCCAUUAGCUCUGCUAGAGUAUCUUUUAGAUGGCAUCAGUUUAAAUAGGUUGUUGAGGAAUUGCUGCCACUUUCGAAUGUACUCUGACCUUCACCUGUGCUCAUCCCAAAUAGUAACUCCAUUACAAGCUCCACGAACGGAAAUUAUCGUUUCGCUUUUAUCAUUGACCACAGCUGACCACACACUUCGACGGAAAAAGGCAAACGGAGUCGGAAUGGCAACCGAAAUGGAGGCAAACACGCUCACUAAGCACAAGUCGCCGCCGCUGGUCAACACACCGACGUUUCCACACCUUUGAGCCGGGGAAUUCGGGCGUUUCGCUUGGCCACCAUGUGGGAUAGCGAAUAACAAAUUUUAAUUGCUGCACGAGCACGUUACUGCUUUGCUAAUUAUUCGACACGAAAAUACCUUUUAAUGCAGGGGGAGUAUAUUAAAAGUGAAAUCAUUGAUUCUUACAGAUAUUACUUAAGUUAAACUUGUACAGUAUCUUAAACAUAUACAAAUUGUAAUAUAAUAAAAUUGUAUAUACUCUUAGUCAGUAA